AUGGAUCUUCUUUGCGAGCAAGUGAAAAUGUUAGCUGGAGAAGUAGCACUCAGUACGAGUUCUCUAAAAAGAAUUUCAGAGCAAGCAGCUAGCAACCCUGAAGACUCACGUCUUCAGGACCAAAUGCAGAAAUUGAAGGACGAGAUCACAGAAAAAAAGCAUCAGAUGCGUGUCCUAGAGCAACGUAUGAUUGGAUCAGUGGAGAUAACUCCACAAACAUCAAAUAGCAUUGAGAUGUCUCAGCUUGGCUUCGGCUCCUUUGUGGCUCAUUCAAGCUUGUGUAUAGAGUCACCAGCCAACUUUAAGAUCAAGACUGGUACGCAGGCUCUACAGUCAAAUGAGCCGAGCAGGAGCAGGUCCAAGCUCGGCUUUGUCCAGCUUGUGAACAUGAUAUCAGACAAUGCUGAGAUGCAAGAAACCAUUCUUCUAUUAAGGCAACAACUCGAUUCUUUAGUAUCCGAUAAAAAUGCAAGGGAUCCAAAACAAUAUGCGGACAAUGAAGUUAUCGCAUUAAGGACUUGCUCUACGCAAUCUUUGGGUAUGAAAAAUGAAAGGAUGGAUGGGGUUAAUCCAUAUAGAGAAGUGUCUCUUGAUGAACAUACACCAACUAGCGUUAUGAGCUUGAAUAGAAUAUUCUCCCCAGAGGAAUCUAAAGAAUCCAGUAGUGAUGCCUUUUGGAAUUCCCAGCUUCUUAUGCAGGCCACUGAGAUAGAGAUAUUAAAGCAAGAGAAGGUGAAACUGGCUGAAGAGAAGGACGGGCUUGAAAUUCACAACCAAAAACUGGCUGAGGAAGCUUUAUAUGCAAAAGAGUUGGCUGCGGCUGCAGCAGUUGAGCUCCGGAACUUGGCUGAAGAAGUAACAAAGCUUUCCUACCAAAACACCAAACUGACUGCUGACUUGGAUGCUGUAAAAGAGGCUUGUUGUAAAACUAACUGCUGCCAAAGGUCCAUUUCAUUUGAGCUGAAUCAUAAUGGACAUCAUGGGUCUCGACCUGAUGCACAUUUGAGAAAACCAGCGGAUGGUGUGUUGAUAGAGGAAUUGGAGCAAGAGCUUAACGGAAUAUACCAAAGAGAAGCUUCUUUGGUUGCUGCAUUGACUGAGAGAGAUCAGGUUGCAGGUGAGCUACGAAAAAGAAUUGAUGAAGCAAAGCAACGCGAAGAAGAUUUGGAAAACGAGCUUGCAAAUAUGUGGGUAUUAGUUGCGAAGUUGCAGAAAUCUGUUCCUAAUUCUGAGGACGCCUUGUCUGAAGGGGUUCAUGCUUCUAACAUUUUGCAAACAAGAGUUAAAAAUGGAUUUUCUUCAUCUAAUGGAUACCUGAAUAAAAUAAUUAGUAAUGAUGAGAUCAUUGACAACAUGGAUGAGGCAAGUACAUUGGAAGAAUUAAAAGAGCUGUUUCAUAAAGAAAAGAAAAGGUGCGAAGAACUGGAGAGUUUCAUUUCGAGAUUAAAGGGUGAUGAUAUUGCUGGCUUGGAUAUCACUACUCUUGAAGAGUUGCAAAGCCUUCACGUUGAGGCCAUAACAAAGAUUUGCUAUGCAAAGGGAUCGUGUACGUACAGUACCCAGAUAGACAAAAAGAAAGACGUAGAAGAGGGAAGAGAUUGA